CCUUAGUGCACAACUGCCUCUUGCUGUUGCUGUCACUCUGUCUUCUAAGCGCCUUUCGUUGAUAACGGGAGGGGGCGGAGUCGACGUUGGUUGUUGAGGCACUAUGACAACCGGAACAAAGAUGGCGGCGUUCUCUUAGCAUCUUUUUGCCCCAAAGGUAGCGCUGCAAGAGGGUGCUUGUGAUAAGGACGUUCACGUUCUGUCUUGGCCUCUGAUAAACCCAAAUCUCGAGGUCUUUACCUUAUUGCAUACUGCAUACACGCUAUUCAGUACUGUGAAUUUGUGGAAGAGAGGCGUAGGUGAGAAGAAAAAAAGGUUUCCAAAUUUCUGGACAAGUGAAGGCUGAAGGAAAAUGUCUUUAUUUAAAGCCCGUGACUGGUGGUCUACAGUAGUUGGCAACAAAGAAGAAUUUGAUCAAGGAUGCUUAUGUGUUGGAAAUGUUGACAAUAGUAGCAGUGUACAAGAUAAAAUAAUUGUGGGCAGUUAUAUGGGGUUUCUUAGAAUCUAUAAUCCCCAUCCAAUAAAACCUGGAGAUGCUAUGCAAGCUGAAGAUUUGCUCUUGGAAGUGCAGCUACCUGAGCCAAUACUCCAAGUGGAAGUAGGAAAAUUUGUGUCUGGUAUAGAAUUGCUUCAUCUGGCUGUAUUACACUGCAAAAAAUUAUGUGUAUAUGCUGUCUCAGGAAGCUUGGGAAACAUUGAACAUGGGAACCAAUAUCAGCUAAAACGUAUGUAUGAACAUAAUCUUCAGAGAACAGCCUGCAACAUGAUUUAUGGGCCAUUUGGAGGUAUAAAAGGUCGAGAUUUGAUAUGUAUACAGUCUGUGGAUGGAAUGCUUAUGUUAUUUGAACAAGAAAGCUAUUCAUUUGGCCGUUUUCUACCUGGCUUUCUUCUUCCUGGUCCACUGACAUAUAGCUCUCGAACAGAUUCCUUCAUUACUGUAUCUUCCUCUCGGCAGGUUGAGAGCUACAAGUACCAAGUACUUGCAUUUGCAAAAGAUGCUGAAACACAAGAAAAUGAACAACAAAAACGUGGGUCUGGAAAAAGACUUGUGGUGGACUGGGUUUUAAAUAUAGGGGAACAAGCGUUGGAUAUAUGUGUUGUUUCGUUCAAUCAACUUGUUUCCAGUGUGUUUGUGCUUGGGGAGAGAAACUUCUUCUGCCUUAAAGAUAAUGGACAAAUUCGAUUUGUAAAAAAGCUUGACUGCAGCCCAAGUUGCUUUCUUCCAUAUUCAGUGUCUGGACCCGUAGUUAACACUCUGAUUGGAAACCAUAAUAGCAUCCUACAUGUUUAUCAAGAUGUGACUCUAAAGUGGGCAACUCAGCUUCCCCAUAUUCCUGUGGCAGUAAGAGUGGGAAAACUACUAAAUUUGAAAGGUGUGAUAGUCACACUGAGCGAGAGUGGUCAUCUACAAUGCUCCUAUCUUGGUACAGAUCCUUCUUUAUUUCAAGCUCCUAAAGUUGAAGCAAGAGACAUAAAUUAUGAAGAAUAUGAUGCAGAAAUGCAUAAACUUCAGAAAAUAAUUAAGGAAGCCAGAAAAAUCAAAGAUAUCAUGCCUAAAAUGGAAAAAAAAGAAGAUUUUGCACUUCUUGUGUCGGUUUUGCCUGAUCUGGAUUCAAUGUCUCAAGCCAUUGACAGUGAAGUAAAAGCAGAGAUGGUUCCUUCAGUGACAGUAAAGAUCACAAUGGAGUGCAAACAGCUUACAUUUACAAAAUUAUCAGUAUGUGUUCAACCUCCUUUAGCACUGACACAUGACAAGUUCACCUUGAAAUUAGAGUCAGCUGAGUCUAAAACCGUUGUACUCUCUGCCUUUCUAAAGGGGAACAGCCCACCAGCAGAUCUGGAAGGUAUUGCCCUAGCUUCAUAUAACACACCAACAGGUGCACCAAGAGUUGCCCAGUGCAAAUUUCGCCUACCGUUGCGAUUAGUUUGCUUUCCAGCUCAUCCUUCAAAAACUGCAAGCCAGAAGUUAACUAUUGACACCAACAAGCCUCCAGUCAGCCUUGUUACCCUUUUCCCAGACUUUGCUGAUCAGGCAGAUGAAGAUCAGCUGAAUGCGUUAGGAUUUCAGUUAUUAGCUGGAUCCAGAGUCACUUUGCUUGCUUCAAAGACAUCACAGCGUUACAGAAUUCAAAGUGAGCAAUUAGAAGACCUUUGGCUAAUUACGAAAGAACUCACUCUUCGCCUUCAAGAACAUUUUAGGAAGCAAGGCUGCAAAGACGUUGCAUGUACCUUUUCUGGCCCAAUCCCUUUACAAGAAUAUUUUGAAAUAAUUGAUCAUCAUUUUGAGCUGCGCUUGAAUGCUGCUAAAUAUGAGCAACUAUUAUCUGAAAGAGCCAUACAAUUUAGAGCUAUUGAGAGACGACUGUUGACACGGUUUAAAGAUAAAACCCAAGCUCCUCUUCAACAUCUGGACACCUUGUUAGAAGGAACUUACAGACAGGUAAUAGCUCUAGCAGAUGCAGCUGAAAAAAACCAAGCCAGUAUGUUCCAGGCAUUCAUAAAGUUGAAAAGUGCCACCCAGCUGGUAAUUCUGCUGAUUAGCCUGUGGCAGAAAUUGAGCGCUGACCAAGUUGCUGUUCUGCAAGCUACAUUUUUGCCAUUAACACAGGAUACUCAAGAGCUGGGUUGGGAAGAAACUGUGGAUGCUUCUAUCUCUCAUUUAUUGAAAACUUGUUUGUCCAAGAGUUCAAAAGACCAUGCACUGACACUUUCCAAUCAGUUGUGUAUUCCCAAGGACACUAAUAAAUUGAAGAAACACAUAACUUUGCUCUAUGAUAGAUUGGCCAAAGGUGGUCGUAUGUCUCUAAAUACAGACUUUGACACUCAACAAACUGUGAUUCCACCAGACUCAGAAAAUAGCCGUAGGAGAUCACUGUUCUGCACCAGGACAAUUAACAUGUGUUCACUGGGAUUGCUAACAUGUGCAAUUCAAGUAAUAAAAGUAGAGUUCAACUUCCCAGUGGUGUGCUACAACUCUGGAUCAAAGGUAACUGUACUACCAUCCCAGAGUCUUCCCUUGAGGAAAGGCCACCUUCACCGGACACAACGAGAGUGUUUACCAACCGCAGGUAUCUCACAAAGCAGGAGACUGAACCUGAUUUGCCACAGGAUGAAUUACAGGAAGCAGAACAGCCAUGAAAAGCACAAGAGAAGCCUCAGGAGGAUUUUUAAAAUCUGUGUAUUUAUAAUCCAGCAGGAACAAUUUGUUUUCCUCUGAACUGAGCACAACCAACCUCAAGAAGGAAGUCCACUAACAGUGCAAAAUACUUCCAGUUGCAUUCAGGCAUUGGCUUUCCCUUAUUUUGACAUGCUUUCUCUUUACCAAGUUCUGGACCAUUUAUCAAACAGAAAUCAUAUAUUCAUGGGUAAUUAUCAGUCCUAUCUAGAAAUUCUAAUGAUUGAUCAGACUUUUUACAAACUAUGAAAUCCACACACACACACAGUUUUACGUAUAUCUGAUUUUUAAGGCCUUUUAUACCAUAUCUGACAUCAGGGUUGUUAAUUUUGCCCUAAUGUUACAGCUUCAAUAAAAGAUAACCAUCUCCCUUUUUGCUCUAAGCUCCUGAACUAUGUUUACCACUGAAUAUCCUCAAUAAUAGGUCAUAUUUCCCUUUUCCACCUCCCCUCUGAUUUACAAAUUUGAUCUUGAGUGAUAUUAUUCUUGAGAGUAAAAUCUUCAACCCCUGUGUUUUUGGAUGUCCUGAGUCCCAGGAUCUAAAAAUGAGACUACCGGUAGUUUAAUAAUUCAUUUAU